GAAGACCAAUAUCCCAACAAGGACAAGGAUCAAUGCAUUGCCAAGAAGAUUCACUUCCUUGCCUAUCAAGACACCGUGGGAUACAUUUUAGUUUUUCUCACUCUCUUUUUCAAAGUGAUCACAGUGGCAGUUUUGCUGAUUUUCUAUGAACAUCAUGACACACCCAUCGUGAAGGCCAACAACCGAGAUCUCACCUACAUCCUCCUGGUCUCCCUCCUGCUCUGCUUCCUCUGUUCUUUCCUCUUCAUUGGUCAACCAGGGAAGAUCACCUGUCUCUUACAACAAUCUGCUUUUGCAAUUCUCUUUUCCCUUGCGGUUUCCUCUGUGUUGGCGAAAACUGUCAUGGUGGUUCUGGCCUUCAUGGCCACCAAGCCAGGGAACAAGACAAGGAAACUCUUAGGAAAACCAUUGACCAACUCCAUUGUCUUAGCUUGUCCCCUGGUCCAAGCCCUUCUUUGUGCCACCUGGCUGGUAACCUCUCCCCCAUUUCCUAACUUGGACUUCAACUCCUUGUUUGGAGAGAUCAUCUUGGAAUGUAAGCAAGGCUCAGCUUUAAUGUUCUACAUUGUCCUUGCCUACCUAGGUCUUUUGGCCCUUGUCAGUUUCACAGUGGCAUUUCUUGCUAGGAAAUUGCCUGACAGCUUUAACGAAGCCAAGUUUAUUACUUUCAGCAUGCUGGUCUUCUGCAGUGUUUGGAUCACUUUCCUCCCCACCUACCUGAGCACCAAAGGGAAGUCCAUGGUGGCUGUGGAGAUCUUCUCCAUUUUGGCCUCUGCGGCUGCUCUCUUGGCUUGUAUCUUUUUUCCCAAAUGCUACAUUAUUCUGCUGAGGCCUGAUCUGAAUUGCAGAGCAAAUAUAGUACGAAACAAGAAUUUCUAA